AUGUCGAAUCAAGUAGAUUAUGAUGAUUCUUCAUCUGCUUCAAGUUCUGAUGAGCAUGUCGACAAUCAAGAGCAUGACAAUGAGGAGGUCGAUGAUACUCCAGACAUUGUUGUUCCAGAGAGAAAGUUUUUAAAGGAAGACGAAGAUUACUCUGUACCAUUCCCAGUGAUGCGUGAGUGUCUUGUACUCUUAUUGCAAUCUCGUAGAAUCCUCAGAGACAUGAUGUAUUAUAGAUUCAAGAUGGAUAGAUUCCUCUCUGGUAACUUGUCCGUUUUCGAAAUUCAAAACUUGUUACACUCUCAACGUGAAGACAAAGAGUCCGAUUGGAUUGCUGAAAUCCAAGAAUUAAAGAGAAAUCUUGUAAGUGAAGUAAGAAGAAAUCAUACUUUGGAGAGAGAUCUCAAUCGUUUGGAUAAGAGAAUCGCUCUUUUGAUUAAGAACAGAGGUAAUAUCCAAGAGGUAUUGGCAGACAAGGCCGGUCUCAAGGCCCAAAAGACCAAGGGAGAGGUACACAAGAAGCCAGAUCUCCUCAACGAUCCAAAGAAAUUGGAAGCCUACCAAAACUUGUUCUACUUGCUCCAGACUGAACCAAAGUAUCUUGCCGGUCUCGUUUACUUGGUGCAACCAGAGCAGAUGGAGUCGUUCCUCAGUACUGUCAUCUUGACUUUGUUUGGUGAUGCCUUUACCCCUCGUGAAGAGUUCCUCUUGCUCUCACUCUACCGUCUCUCUGUCCAAAAGGAAAUGUCAAACAUUGCCACCGUAGGUGAUUUCCUCAAAGCUGAUACCGUCGUACCAAAGAUGAUUAUUACAUAUAACAAACGUAAACAAGGUACUGAUUAUUUGAAGGCAGUUAUUGGACCAAUUUUAUCAUCUGUUAUUAAACAAGAUUUGAAUUUGGAGUUGAAACCAUCUGCUGUCUAUGCUGCUAUCAUUUCAGAGCAAGAGAUCCGUACUGGUGAGAAGUCAACUUUGGACAGAAACGUCAGUGAUGACAAGGCUCUCGAAGUUCCAGAGGUCACCAAGACCAUCAAGACUCGUGUCGAGCAAUUGACAUCGAUUUGUGACCAAUUCUUGGAGGGUAUCAUCAACUCACUCAACCGUUUGCCAUACGGUAUCCGUUGGAUCUGCAAGCAAAUUCAACAGAUCGCCGAGAAGAACUUUACCAACUCCACUCAAGACGAGAUUCUAAAGGUUAUCGGUUAUUUCAUCUACUACCGUUUCAUUCAGGUAGCCAUGGUCAGUCCGGAGGAAUAUGACUUGGUCGGUCGUGAGAUCCACCCAACCGCUCGUAAGAACUUGAUCAACGUAUCCAAGGUUCUCCAGACAUUGUUCAACUUUGCCCAGUUUGGUGCUGCCGAGAAACACUUUGUCCCAUUGAACCAAUGGAUCUCCUCACACAUCUCUGACAUCAAGCAAUACUUGGAAGAGAUAAUCGAGGUCGGUGAGCCAGAGGACUACCUCCAGGUCGACAAGUACAUGGAGUUGACUCAAAAAACCAAGCCAGUCAUUAUCAUUUCACUUCCAGAGAUUUCAUCGACUCACAUCUUGAUCUCCAAGAAUCUCGAUUCGUUGGUGCCAAAGGGUGAGAAGGACGACCCCAUGAGAAUCAUCAUGAAAGAGUUGGACGAGUUUGGUCCACCCCCCGAAAUUUCACACGAAGACGACCGUGAAGUUCAACUUACCUUGACCAACAAGUUCCAGAAAUCGAUCGAAGAAGAGUUGUCGCCAGGCGAGAGCUUGUUGUCCGCCACCAAGGAGAUGGUCAUCUCAUUGCUGCGUGCACUCCCAUCGCUCCCAGAGCAAAAGGAAUCCGAAGAGAACACACCAAAUCUCAUUGAAGUCUUGAACAAGGCCAGACAGACCGAUCCAUCGUUGGAGCCAGAGAUCAAGAAGAUCUUGGACAACUUGAAGAAACUCGAAGAGUACAAUUUGACCACUCACACCGAUAACUAUGCUUCAUUCUUGAAGGCAGUCGCCCUCGAAGUUGUCAAUCGUGCCGAGAUUCGUGAACAACAAAAGAAGGAGAAGCAAAGAUUGACUACCAGUUUGAACAACUUGCGUAAGCACCAGAAGUAUUUGAACGAACAGAUCACACAAUACAACCAAUAUCUCCAGGACUGUCGUCUCAAACAUUACCAAAACAAGAACAAGAAGAAGAAGAAGAAGAACGACGGUGCCAAGGUCGGUCCAUUCAAGUUCAGUUUCUCAGAGCUGCACAAGAAGAAGGUUAUCGUAGACUCUGAAGUGCCAGCAAUGACUCGUAAGAAGAUCAAGUUUGUUAUUUCCUCUGAUACAGUCGGUGUCUUUGACGUCUCUGCCAAGAUGGCCGGUAUUGAUGUACAAACCAUGAGAUUGGAGCUCGAUGAUCUUUUAGAGUUAAAUUCCAUCGGAACUACAACCUUGGAACUCGACCAAAUUACCCUUGACGUUAAUAUGACCAUUCACUUGUUAAAUAAGUUAUUUAUGGCAUAA